AUGACUAAGAAAGAUCCAUGGCCAGCCACCCCGCAGACAGUUGAAGAAUACGUAGCGCACCUGUUCAACCGGAAGUGUUCACCAUCAACAAUCACAGUGUACCUGUCAGCUGUAGCAAGGCGUCACCUGUCGCAGCAGCUGACCGACCCAACUACCAAUCCUAGGCUGAAGCAGAUUGUGGAGGGUGCCCGUCGCUUAAGCAGCAGAAAACCUGAUCAACGUUUGCCAAUAACACCUGACCUCCUGCGACGCUUGUCCUCCCGGCUGCAUUUGGCUGCCCCUACUUUCUACGAUCAACACAUGGUUUGGGCCGCUUUCACGAUGGCUCAGCAUUUCCUCCUCCGUGCUUCGGAACUGACAUCACCAUCGCCAACCACAUUCGAAGCAUCCGCUACACUCCUCCUGCAGGAUGUGCGUUGGGACACCAUCACGUUGCAUCUGACCAUCAAGCGGUCCAAAACGGAUCAGCACCAAAACGGGAUCACACUGUCUCUGACGUCCGUCGCCGCCCCGGCAGUACACAGCGCCUGCGUCACUUACGGGCAACAGCGCCAGCAGCAGCAGCCGGCUGAUUUACCGUUCUUAAUUUUCGGCAGCGGCCGUUAUUUGACCCGCACAGACCUGUCCCAAGCGCUUAAGAGAACUCUCCCGGAAGGAGAGGACUCUCGGCGCUACUCAUCGCACAGUUUCCGCAUCGGCGGAGCUACAGCAGCCGCCACCGGCGGCUGUUCGCCAGAAGCCAUACGCAAACUUGGACGAUGGAAAUCAUCCGCGUUCAAGCGUUUCAUACGCCCCCAAUGUCUGCGCGUACCAUAA